AAUUAAUAUUGUUUCAACAGCAGUUUGUGAGUGAUGGAUGUAUUUAUAGAUAUUUAUGUGAUAUUCGAUUUUUUUGUUGGAUCAGUUUUGCAUUCGGGCUUCGUUGAAUUGCAAAUACUGGAGCAAGGGAGCAGCAAGAUAGAAUUGGAAAUAUCGAACAAGCAGCAAAAAUACAACUGUGAUUUUUUGAAUUGAAGAGAAACAUUUGCGGCAAAUUGUAUAUCUACUGGAAAUGGGGAGAGGAUGAAGUAACAGUUGAUCUUCCCAAGAAGCAUGGCCCAGCGGGAAUUGAUAUUUCGUCCGCGGGGGGCUCAGCCGACGGGUGGGGCUACUGCUUCUUGUGGACCCCCGAGUGAUUCUGUCAACGCCCCAUGGAGUGCUUCGCGCCGCUACUGUGAAAGGGACUCCUGUGGAUCUUGUAUUGAUUUGAAGAAUGUGCAUCGAAAAGGAACGGCUAACCGGGCACGGCUCGAUACCAGGCCUGACCGGUGGAUCGCCAGGCUACGUGACGCACAACCCGGGCGGAGGGACAGGAGCCGGUCACGGUGGCGGUAACAACGGAGGCGGAAACGGCCGUGCCGGUGGCCACAAUCACGGCGGAGGACACGGUGGUUCAGUCGGCGGUCCAGCUGCUGCUAUGCAUGCGCAUCAGGCCGCCCUUGCCCAGAGCGAUUUUCAACCGCCUUACUUUCCGCCUCCAUUUCACCACGCGGCUCAAAGUCCGCCGCAACAACAGAAUCAUGGGCCUCUAGAAUACCUCGGUGCAGAUCCAUACAGUCAACCCUUAGGGUCUUUACACCAUGCUCCUCUGCACCAUUACAAUCAACUUGCUGGUCUGAGGGGGCCCCAAGAUCAAUUAGGACUUCACAGGUCUCACAGAGACCAAGAACUACAAGGACAUGUGACCCAGUUGACGCACGGUUUUCCAUAUUCGGGUGAUAGAAGGACAGAUUAUGGGGCUUCUCUUGGGGGUACAGGAGGACCCCAUAGACACGAACAUGACCCUUUGACUCUUCAUCAGGCUUUACAAAGUGCCGUUGAUGAUGGACAGAAUACAGGGAUGGAUGAUAACGGGUUUAUGACUGAUCUGCCAAUUUUGAAAACUAUGAAAAGCGGUAAAGACGGAUCAGGAUUGGGUCUAGGUGCUCCAGGAGAUGUAUUUUGUUCAGUACCUGGUAGAUUGUCCUUAUUAUCAUCAACAUCAAAAUAUAAAGUAACAGUCGGAGAAGUUCAGAGGCGACUAUCUCCUCCGGAAUGCUUGAACGCCUCACUUCUUGGUGGAGUACUGCGAAGAGCAAAAAGUAAAAACGGCGGACGACUGCUCCGAGAAAAGUUGGAAAAGAUUGGGCUAAAUUUACCUGCUGGAAGGCGAAAAGCUGCAAAUGUAACACUUCUUACGUCGCUAGUCGAAGGUGAAGCUAUUCAUUUGGCACGUGAUUUUGGAUAUGUUUGUGAAACCGAGUUUCCAGCAAGGCAAGUUGCUGAAUAUUUGUCAAGACAGCAUAAUGAACCUCAGGAUUCUUACAGAAGAAAAGAACUACUCCUUAAUACUAAACAGAUCACAAAAGAGCUUAUGGAUUUGCUGAACCAAGAUCGUUCUCCUUUAUGCAAUACAAGGCCUCAACAUCUUCUAGAUCCAUCUAUUCAACGUCACCUAACACAUUUUUCUUUAAUUUCACAUGGUUUUGGAUCACCUGCCAUAGUCGCUGCUUUGACUGCCAUUCAGAAUUUCCUCAACGAGUCUCUAAAACAUUUGGACAAACUCUAUCCAGGAGGAGGAAUGGUUUCAUCAUCUUUAGACAAAAAUAAAAUGGAUGAUAAGAAAUGAGUGUUAUGCAAACACAGUUUAUAAUUAUUAUAGAGCAACGUUGUAAAAACUUGUGAUAACAUUAUGUAAAAUAUUUAAAUUUUUAUUCUACUUUAAAUUGUGCAUAGUGCAAUGGUGAGUGAAAUUUACUAUGAAUAAUGAUCAUAUAUGAAUGAAAUGAUAUCUAUUUAUUACUACAAGAGAAAUGUAAUG